CAAUAUAAAAUAAUAAAAAUAAAAUGUUAAAUACAGUAGCCAGUAUUUAGUGAAUGCCACUGGGCGGCGCGCAAAGUCAAAACGGCAGAUGCGUGGGUGAAUGGGUGGGCACUAUACACCCGGUGAUGAUGCUUGCAACCGUAAGACCACUCGGUAGUUUUUAUAGAACUGAGUUGAACAAGGACCCGACUAUCCCAAGACCAAGGUAUAAAUAAUCAAAGUCCCGUGAUUUGAGCAGGACAGAGUGUGCGAGGGGAUGCAUAAUACCCACUCGAGUGUAGCAAAAAUAGUGAGAUAGAGAGGAUGCUAAGUGCAGAAACAACGACUACAACAACACGGUCUUAUUCUUCUCUUCACUUAUUCCUUCUCUUUCUCUCUUUCUCUCAUUCUUUAUUUAAGUUCUUCUAGCGUAUUCGUAGCGUUAAACUUAAUGUUGUAUACAGCUCAGAGCUCACAUGUCCAAGUUCUUCUUGGCUCCCUUUAGCUUCCCUUCCUCUUCCGUCUGUCAGUUCGUUGGUAUACUGUGCCGAGUGAACGUGUGUGCCCGCGUAUUCUCUUCUCGUUUAGCCACGCGAGACGCACUUUACUAUAUCAUAUAUGUGUAUAUACGAAUGCAUGUUGUUUAGUUAAAAAAUAUAACUCAGCUCAAAAUUUCAAAUUAUUUUUAAAAAUAAGUCAAAGAUUGCGCGCCACUUUUUUAAAAAAUUCAUUUUUCUCGGGACAGAAUACAGUAGGGGACAAAAUAAUUGUCAAAAAAUAUUGGAGUAAUUUUUUUUCGAAUGUCAGCAUAGUUCAAAGUACACUGUGUCAGACAGUAGUCAAUAGACAUGACAAGGUUGUCGGCAACUGUUGAAAUAGAGUUGCCAAACUUGACAAAGUGUAAACCGAGGGGAAUUUAAAGUUUUUAAAUAUGAAUUCACACUAGAAUAAAUAAUAAAUAUACUCCAAAUGGAUGUAAUAGGAUUCAGGUGUAAUAAUUUAUGAAUUUAAAAUUAAGAGGAACUAUAUAAAUAUACCCACAAUGGCACUCGAUAAUCCAUCGUACUUUUCAUUGCUGGGGAAUUCAAUAUCCCCAGAAAUAUCAGAGGGUCCAUCGGGAUCAAGCGGACGAAGUUUUGUGACAUUUUUCAAAAAAAGACCCAGUAGAAUGGGCACCAGUACGUCAACAACGACAUCAGGGACAACAUGUGCGUUAUUGAUGGGCGAUAAUAAUAAAAAUUUACUAUCAGCAGAAGAAUGCCAACCGAUGCUAUCCCGCGCGACAGCAAAUACGAACGGACCGAGAAGAAGUUUCCGGAGUCUCUUCAGAUCAUUGAGCGCAAACACAGACAACGAAAAAACACUUCAGAUUCUCAAGGGUGACCCAAGACCUGCAGACGUGGCACCACCCUCGCCGUAUCUGCCCCACAGGUCACACUCCCAUUCAGAUCACGACCGUAAAAACCGUCCGAGUAGACGGAGAACGCUAAAGUCUGCCAGCGAGCUCUUGUCUAACGAUAUGAUUUUUUGUGGGCUCCCUGGUGAAGACCCUGCUAAUAACAGCGUCAGAAGUAAUGCUAAUGGAAGUUGUAAUCGUGAUCCUCGGCACUAUAGGGACAAUGAUGAAGACGAUGAUACCGAUGGCGGUGAAGUUUUUUUGGGUAUAAAUGACGCGAGGUAUUAUAAUUUAUCGGCAACUUUGCCGGCACCUGGUUCAUCUGGGAAUAGAAGACACUCCAUUGGUUGUAGCAGUAAUUUUGUUAGUGAAGAACAGAAUUUAAUCACCCGAAGAGGGGCCGUUAUACAGACUGAAGGCUUUAUCAGAGAACCUGACACAAUAGCACCGCCUAUUCCUGUCGAUCAAGUCGAUUGCGGGAAACAAUCGAAAAGUGUAAAGUGUAAAAAACAUAAAAGCAAAGGCUCGCGAAGCAGAAGUGGUGGGACUAAAAUUGAGGGUACUAACGCAAGUCUCAUGGAAGAAAGAGAAGAUGUUGUGUUCAUUUCCAGUAAAGACAGUCAAGCAUCCGCACUCUGGGUCAACUACCUCACUGCCUGCUUUGAGCAAAUCAGCAGACAGCAGGGACGCCCGCCUUUCAAGGUGAGACACGUGGCGAUUGAAGACGCAACGGCUAUUUCAUCAACGGUCCAUGAAAAAAUAUCGAAAGCACGGUUACAAAUAAUCGUCGUGUGUCCCAUUUUACUGGAAAGAGCCUCAAAUAAACCGGAGCAGGCAUCGACUUUAGCCAAACAAUUGGCACCCGAGCGUGUAUUAGCAAUGAUGCUGGGUGUCCACGACGGACAUUUGACUGAAAGCCAAAAGACUGCCCUCAUUACUUACUCACAAUGGCGAAAAUUUUUCGUUAAGGAUCAGGAUGAGACAUUUGUCGGCGAAUUUUUAGGCGCAGCAGUCUCUAUUUUGGGAUCCGCGCCAUCGGCCGCUUUGAAGAGUGACAAAACGACCUUCUCCAUUCAUCCAAAAAAAGUUAAAAUGGGACAAAGUAGAGUGCUGGCUAUUUUGAAUGAUCCUCUGAGACCAGAAGACUCUUUCAAUGUCAUCGUGGAUCGCUGCGGCGAGGGUACAGAAAUAACUCAAGUGAAAAAACGUAAUCCGUAUACUCUACAGUUUUCCAUACCAGAGAGAUGUCUGGAAGUGUCGAUGCUUGUCGGUGUGAGGGUAAUCGUUAAUGGAAUGCCUCAGGGAGUACGUCAAGUCAAGUGCGAAAGCAGACUCAGAGAGUUGGAUCAAAUUCUACGGGCGCACGAUAAUCCUUUGGAGUUUAUGUGCCAGACAUUUGGAUUUGGCUCAGGAGACAGAGAGCAACUUGACAACUGGAUGGUUCAUGCAUUCCAAAAAAAUGUCCCACCGCGUUUCAAUCUUUUGGCAACGCCCAGUGGUUCUGCGCCGUUACAAAAAAAUACUAUAAGCCAAGAAGAAUAUCCGACAUUACUACAUUUCGCCGCACGUUUUGGUCUAGAAAAACUUGCCUGGCAAUUGCUUGAUUGCCCUGGCGGCGAAAUCGCAUGUGACUUGAAAAACGUAUCCGAACUAACGCCAGCGGAGCUCGCUGAGCAAGCCGGGCAUACUAAAUUAGCCCAUCAGCUUCGUGGUUACAUGCAAAUGAAUGAGUUCACAAAUAUGUACAGCUAUCUAAAAGUAAUAAGUGAAAAUACAUCCGGUACUGAAGCAAAUAAUGAAAGUGCGCCAGUGCAAUUAAAUAGUCUGGACACAGAGCACGAUAAAGAGGACUAUUGUCAACCACGACCAAUCAGCGAAGCUUAUUUAGUGCCGCCGGCAGCUCGGCCAGUCAUUACUUCAGCUUCUAUUUCGUGUACGCCACCGCAACUGCCACCGCCGAAUCCUACGACCUCGCCCAAUCUCUGCGAGAUGAAUUACUCGAUUGUGCCACCACCAACACCUGUACUUGGACCUUUAUUUACUCCACCACCAACGUCGACAUCAACACAGUCAACAGUAAACUUCGAAGCUAAUGGUCUGAGUCUACCACUUCAGGGAUAUUUGAAAAUGCAUCCCGCCGGCCCUAAAUUAACUAGCGCACCGAUCACUGCACCGCUGAUGGCAUUGAAGCCAACAAUGUCGCAGUCAUUACGCAAAGAUUUUCCGAUAAGUCGCGAAGACUUUAUGAACUCUCACUUGCCUAAUUUGGGAGGAAGCUUAAAUCGAUCAACAUCGUAUCCUGGAACUAAAUCUCGAGAGCCAUCUGGACCUCAAGAUGAACUUCUUGAGAUAAUAAAUGACUUUAAAAAUAACGUAUUUACUAUUUCUGAGGUUGAGAGGCUUGUGGAGAACUGGCGAAACCGCAAUGACGUCCAGCAGAGCUUCAAGGAUAAACAGAGACAGUUGGCUUCGAUGCGAGACGAGUAUGAGAGGAUACAGAAAAAGAUGAAAGACGAGAUGAAAGCUCCGACACCCUUUGAUAGGUUUAAAAAACUUUUUACAAAGAGUAAAAAAGAUUCCAAGGAGUCCUCUAGUGCCAGUAGCCAGGAUGACGAUACUGCAUCGACACACAGCAAGACCGAUAAUAAAUCUAAUGGAACUCUCAGUGACCGUCGGCCUAUCAGCAGCCUCAGUCUACACAGCGUCUCUAGCUCUUCCUCUUCCGGACGAAUGAGUGUUAUCAGUGGGUGUAGUGGAACUAGUCUAGGUGACAGCGGAACUCAUUCCGACACAGAAGACCGCCGCCUCAGAAAUUCAAGAGAAGACAAAGGCGGUAUGAUGACAUACGAAAUUCCACCAGCACCUAAACCAUUCACUGGUAGAUAUUCACCACUACGUUACACUCCGUCACCAAGAUCAUCAACAAAUUGCAUCGAUGAACAUCGAAGACAUCCUACACCAUCUAACGAGUAUUACAUCGCGUUCCCAGUGUCAGGUCUACCGAUUCAUUCUUUUAAUGCAGAUGGAUCAGCCGUCGAACCAAAAACGCCCAGUUCACCGUGCGACCACUCAUUCAGCCCAUCAAUGAGUAUCCCCGAAGAGCAAUCGCACGGCGAAUUAAAUGAAAAUAACGAGUGUCAAAAAGAAAUAAAAGAUAUAAAUCAACUAUCGAUACCAUCACCGCCACCAUCUCCACCCACGCACAUACCGCUCGAUUACAUAAACAUCACACCGACUGUAAAUUCAAAUGAUCUCCAAAACGUCCUCGUAAACAGUGACGUUAACAAUUCCUGUGAUAAUAAAAAAACCAACGUUAACUCUGAUGUUGAGGCAUCAGAAGUUAGUGGUGAGGUUCUUAACAAGGUAAUAAAUAGUAAAGAUCACAAAAAUCCAGAAGACGAGACCGUAAAUCAUCAAGACACUCAUAUACAGUCAAAUCACGUUGAAAGUUUACCCUUGGACAUCGAUGUUGUCGAUGCACCCGUACUGCACGAUUACAUGAAUAUUCAACCGUGUGAUCAAGACCCAAGAGUCGUCGGCGUUAUCCCGAAAAAGCCACCGGCGCCUCCAGUUCCACCUCGAGCUCCAUCUAAAAAAUAGACGUGCCUUCAAAUUAGUCAAUUAAUCCGGCAUUUAAUUAACACGCAAUAAUUGUUAUUAUAUUAUACCAAAUAUAUAUAUGACCAAUAGAUAAAAAUGAUAAUUUACAAGCCAAAAUAUAUAAAAUCAAAUUAUGUUAAAUGUUAUUAACUUUAUUAAUAUUUUAUAUCCAAUAUAUAUAUAGAUAUAUUUAAAUAUAAGCUAUUAGAUUUUAAAAAUGUUAAGUAUUUUAUGGGAUUUCAUUUAACAAGACUGUUAUUUCUGAUUGAAAAAAAUAUUUACGGAAUUAAUCGAAGAUCGAGGUCACUACAGCAAUUGACAGCAAUUUUUUACGUCUAAUAUCUUUAUACUUUUUUUACUAUAUAUUUAUCUAUAUUAAUUCCUGUAGCAUAUAUAUAUCAAAUUGUUUAAAUAGUAAAUCAAUGUGAAUUUUUUUUAUACGACGGUAUCAUAAUAACUUUUAAUAAUUAUAUCCUCGUAUUUGUAAUUUUUUAAACGCAUGAGCAAACGUGUACGUAUUUAUUGUAUACAAAAUAAACUAAUUAACUGUA